CGUUCCAUUUUCUUUACAAACAUCUUGCUUAUUCUGACCCAUUUCUGAAUUCUCUCACACAGAAGGUGAUGGAAAUGCCAAGAAUCUCUUCGGUUUUUUCGACUAUAUGGCUCCAAAAAAUUGCAGAGUUCUUCAUUUCCAUCACGAGUGCCAUCAUCUUCUUUUUCCUUGAUUUCUUGGAUUUUGUCAUGUGCAUUUUCUUCAGAUUUUUGGAUGAAUUCUUGGAAGGAAAACCCUCUUCAUGUUACUGCAAAGUGGAGCAAGACAAAAGGGCAGAAAUUCUUGAAAUUGAUGAAGAGAGUGAGUUGUCUGAGACUUUUCAUGGGAGGAAAAAUGUUUUCAGGGAAAUGGGAUUCCUCAGAAUUCCAAGAAUGCGGAAAGAUGAUGGAAAAUUUUGUGCGGAGAAGAGGAAUAGCUGGUCGGACUGUGGGUGUGAAUCUUGUGUUUCUUGGAUGAACAAUGGUAGUAAUUUGAAGCUUCACGUUGUUGUGAAAGAACCAGAAAGAGCCAGAUUGGAGCACUAUCCCGAAGAAAAAGCAAUCGAAAAUGUAAUAUUUAUACAUGGCUUCUUGUCUUCUUCCUCUUUUUGGACAGAGACGGUGUUUACUAAUCUUUCUGAGCAUACAAAGCAAAACUACAGGUUGUUUGCCAUAGACCUAUUGGGAUUCGGGAAAAGUCCAAAACCAAGAGACUGUAUGUAUACCUUAAGGGAUCACCUACAGAUGAUUGAGAAAUCAGUUAUCGACCCAUUUCAGUUGAAUUCUUUCCAUGUGGUUGCGCACUCCAUGGGUUGUGUGAUUGCAGUUGCGCUAGCUGCAAAAUACUCAGAAUCUGUGAAGUCAAUCACUUUGGUGGCACCGCCUUAUUUUUCGUCUUCAAAAGAGGAUGCUAGUCUAGCUGCACUUAGACAACUUGCCGCAAGACGAAUAUGGCCACCAUUACUGUUCGGUUCGGCUCUUAUGUCUUGGUACGAGCAUUUAGGUCGAUGUGUGUGUUUCCUUUUUUGCCGGAACCAUAAGACAUGGGAACAGAUUCUUAAGCUACUCACUCGAAGAAGGGAUCUACCAUUUAAAGUCGUAGACUUUACGCGACAUACUCAUCAUUCUGCAUGGCAUACAAUGCAUAACAUUAUAUGUGGUGGAGCGAAAUUACUCGACAAGUAUUUGGAUACUUUGAAGAGUUCCGGAGUUAAAAUCCAUAUUGUCCAAGGUAACAAGGACCAGGUUGUCCCUCUAGAAUGCAGUUACAACAUGAAGAUGAGGGCUCCAUAUGCAGAACUUAGUAUUAUACCAAAUGCUGAUCAUAAUACUGUAAUUUUUGGUAGAGAAGAGUUCACUAGAAAUUUAGAGAAGUUUUUGGAAUCCACUGAUAACAGGAUAGCAGAUUGAUCCACUCCCAGCUACAGAUUUAUGCUUAUAUAUUUGAAUUUUGUCAUCAACAUACUUCCUAAAAUUGUAGGUCUUAUUUUCA